AUGCGCCACAUUUAUGUUGUUGUUUGUGGCGGUAAGAUGGCGGCGCUCGGAGACACCUCAGCUCCGGGGGUGAACGGGUUAAUACAACAAUUCACAGCAAUAACAGGAGCCACAGAGAGUGUAGGGAAACAUAUGUUGGAAGCAUGCAACAACAACCUGGAGAUGGCAGUGACAAUGUUUCUGGAUGGAGGUGGGAUAGCAGAGGAGCCCAGCACCAGCUCCAGUUCAGCAGCUUCAAGCAGCAGAGCUCCACCUUCAGAUGAAGUACGAGCGCCCAUUCCACAGAAGCAGGACAUACUGGUGGAACCAGAACCACUGUUUGGAGUGCCAAAGCGAAGAAGACCUGCUCGAUCAAUAUUUGAUGGUUUCCGAGACUUCCAAACAGAAACAAUCCGCCAGGAACAGGAGCUGCGUAACGGUGGCACAGUGGAUAAGAAACUGAGCACCCUGGCAGACCUUUUCCGUCCUCCCAUUGAGCUCAUGCACAAAGGCAGCUUUGAGACAGCGAAAGACUGUGGACAACUGGAGAACAAGUGGCUAAUGAUCAACAUUCAAAAUGUUCAGGACUUUGCCUGCCAGUGCCUGAACAGAGACGUUUGGAGUAAUGAUGCUGUGAAGACCAUCAUCAGAGAACACUUCAUAUUCUGGCAGGUAUAUCACGAUAGCGAAGAGGGACAAAGAUACAUCCAGUUUUAUAAGCUGAACAAGUUUCCCUACAUUUCCAUCCUCGACCCCCGCACAGGUCAAAAAAUGGUGGAGUGGAACCAACUGGAUGUGGCAUCGUUCCUGGAGCAGGCGACCGGGUUCCUGGCAGAACACGGGCAGCUCGACGGGCCAUCCUGCCACGCACCCCCUGCCAAACGAGCUCGCUCUGAGAGUCUGAUCGAUGCCAGCGAAGACAGUCAGCUGGAGGCCGCAAUCCGAGCCUCCCUACAGGAGACCCACUACGAGUCCUCAAAUGUCCCUGAAGCCCCCGAUUCCCCCCGAUCAGAUGACGAAUCAGAUGCAGAGCCUUUCUCUGACAGCGAGGGUCCCAUCUCUGUUGAUGGCUCAGACAGUGAAACUCCAGUACCCCACGAAGAGAAAAGUUCUACCAGCAAACACACCCCGGUCCCUUUAGCCACUGUGGCACAGCAGCGUCUACAUCCCGAUAGUUCAACUUCUUCCCACAGAAAGUCUCCGUACAAAGAAAACAACCACAGUCACAAGAAAGAGGAGAGCAAAAAGAAUCACCUGGAGCCCUCAGCUGCUGGUCCACGUCAUCCUCAACCAGACCCGGAUUCUGGCGGCAACCACUGUUCCUCAGCAGCAGAUAGCGCUGGACCAUCAAAGACCAGCACCACCAACCCCCUUGACCUGGACUGUCCUGAUGACAACGGACCCAAAGCCAGGUUGAUGCUCCGUUACCCUGACGGACAGAGGGAGCAAAUUUCCUUGUCUUCUAAAGCAAAACUUUUGGCUCUGGUAAGACAUGUCCAGUCAAAGGGUUACCCUAACGAACGCUUUGAACUCGUCACCAACUUUCCCAGAAGGAAGCUUGCCCACUUGGACUAUGACAUCACACUGCAGGAGGCGGGGCUUUGUCCACAGGAGACUGUAUUUGUGCAGGAGAGGAACUAGCCUUUUCCACAGACACACUCACUUUGCUUUUCUGUAUCUCUCUGGUAGACCUCACCCUUUCACCAAUGAUCUGGGGCGAUGUUACUGGCCUUGAUUCCAUAACCUUCUGUUCUCCUGGAAUUAGGCCCCCUUUUUUUUUUUUUUUUUGCCAAGACAACUCUUAGUGGAUGGACUACUUUCCCUGCCACACUACUAGUCUGAAUACUGACGUCUCUACUGACAGCCUAAUCCCUUUGUAGUGCUCUACCAUUGGCCAGUAAGGUGUUGCAGACGCCAGGAAUUUUUAAAUGUGAUAUAUUCUUUACUGAUUCAGGCUUCAGAUUGAUCUGAUCAUUGAGCCACAUCGGGAUAGAAUAUAUAUAAUAUACAGCUCAUAUUCAAAUAAAAAACACCCAAAUAAUGCAUCGCAAAUUGACAGUGAGGCACCAGGGACUUGUACAAAAUGACCUUUACCUCCCAGAAAGGAUGUUAAAUGUCAGAGUUUAUUUUCUAGCUCUCCUUGUUAUUUUCUGUACCUGGGGACAGGUAAAGGGAGGCUCAUUUUUGUUUAUUUUGACCCAAAUUUGGUCCCUCACUCAGUCAUUGUAUGAACAGUUGUAAUUAUUUGGAAAGGCAAGGGCACUAAGAGAAAAGGUCUGCAAAUUACAACUCAAGAAAAUGUGUCAGAUAUUGGUGACACACUUGUGUAGAUCAAAGAGAGGAUUUGGGUUGAUCUACACAUUUUUACUCAAGUUUCUAUUAGAGACUAGUAGAUUGUUUUUGGAUUUCAACUUUUGAUACAGAAGGGAGUGAAUGAAGGGUGGUACAUCUCAUCAGUCGGACCUACACUGUACAGAGAUGGCAUAGAGAGACUGAUAUUUAGCUGUAGUCAUUGUUUCUUUUCUUUUUUUUAUAUGCUGCCAAGAAAAUAUGCUGAUGUUGAAAUAUAACCACCAAAACCAA